UUGUGGGUUUCCUGUGGUGCAAAAGGCGCGGUCACAUUGUUGUAAACAUGGCGGAUAGCAGCAGUGAAGAAAUAGAAUUAACUAAUGGUAGCCGUUUUUAUGGCUACGCGCUUUACACAUACAAUGCCAACAGACAAAACAGUAUUGAUGUUACAGUUCCGGACAUAGAAGAUCCAGACGGGACAGUUCCUCAGCUGAUGAAACAGGAGGCCAUUGCAAAUCAUGACUUUGGCUUAUCUCUGCUGAGUACAGACCUUACAGGAGAACAAGACACAGAGUUGAGGACAUUUAUCGCAAAGCGUUUAGCAAAAGGCACUGUUUACAGCGGUAGUGGUAUUGUUGCUGUUGUUGAUAAUGUCAUGCCAGAUGGUUCUGGAUGUCAAUGCUACUACUGUUUGCUUCGUGGUGACAAGGAGGUUGAGAAUGAUUCUGAUGAAAUGGUUGAUGUGAUGAAUCUAGGAGGAUAUCUGUCCAAAGAUUUUGUUGUUUGUUUUGUUGCUGACCUCAAAUUGGAACUUCAGCUAUUUCAGCUAGAACUGAACAAAUACAGUCUAGAGUUACUCCCAGAGUUGAUGACUCCAAUAGAAUCCCUGGAUGUUAAGGAGCAGUUUGGCCAUCUAAAAGACUGGUACCAAGAGAAUAUCAACUGCUUCUGCCGGUGUGUUAAACUUCUCGAUGACAAGCUACCAUUGCUGAUUCAUUGUGGAUUAUCAAGAGUAAAUGUUGAAGUUCAAAGCACUUAUAGUCAAGCUAAGAAGGAUAUUGAAUUGUUUCUGGAGGCCUGCAGCACUGUAGAUGUCUCAGAUAACAGUACUCUGGAAACGGAGGGGGAUUCCUCGAAGUCCUCUCAGCAAGUUAUUGUGAAUGUCGUGGAUGGCAAAUGCACAUUUAGCAGUGAGGCGACAACAGCGUUCUGUAAGGAGUGGAGUGAGACGAUGCAAAGUGGAGAUACUGAAGACCCUGUCUUCCUACGUCAAGUGAUUGAAAACUACAAAUUGAGGGUCAACCAUGAUAUGAACACCUUAAAGAGAUUACUGCGCCAGGCGGAAACAGAUCAUUACGCAUUGUACAGAUCUUAUCGUUUCCUGGUACAAUCUGGUAAUGGUUCCAUUCUGUUAGAAAACACCAAGCGUGAAUGCCAGGCAGUAUCUGCAAGUGAGACGCUUGAGAUACUGAACGUGCUGGAAGACUACAACACUCGCGCGAAAGACAAGUUCACUUUACACGAGUCGUGACUAGAUGAAUACAACACUCUUGCCAAAGACAAGUUCGUUUUACUCGAGUCGUGACCAGAUGACUACAACACUCUUGACAAAGACAAGUUCGCUCUACAUGACUCGUGACCAGAUGACUACAACAUAUACGCCAAAGACAAGUUCGCUUCACACGAGUCGUGACUAGAUAAAUACAACACGUUAUUCUCCUCACAAAAUCCUGUUUUAUUUCCCGUUUCAAAAGCUGAAAACAAAUAACAAAAAUAGAUAACUAAAUAUAAAAUACCGUUUCCCGAAAAAUGAGUCCCUUGUUUCCGAUUUGAUGGAUUGACCAUUAGGGAUUUGAGCAGGCCUGGAGAAGGAAGGGGGGGAGGGAGCUAAAGGCUUAACCUAUCACUCAACGCAAAUAAUUCAAAUUCCGUUGAGGUCUCCAUCUGACCUUACCAAAACAAGCACUAACAAAGAUCCAUUUGCUGCUCCUACAAUAUGACCAAACGCUGCGUUGGUGGAAGUUGAGCGCCUCCCUCGACUAUAAAAGCGCCUCGCCUAAGAGGAAAAAAAGAAUAAGUAGGACCCACCCCGAAGUGCAACACGACUUCGAUGAUUACUAUAGAAGAUUACUUGUUAACUGAAGGUUAAGCUACGAUAACGGACUACCUUGUUGAGGCAAAAUAUGUAAUAACCUGCCACAUUUGUUAUAACGGCCACAUUUGUAAUAAGGUAGGCCACAUUUGUAAUAAGCUAUCUGAUAUCUCAUGAAAGAAACAUCGUACGACAACCAAACUUGGUAGGUGUCAUAUAUGUGUCAUAUUCCAUGUUUGACGAUGUCUCUAUAGUAAAAUAAUUUUUAUGUUUAUAUUUAUUAUUUAAUGACUCUGUGGAUGACGUCACAUACCACGUGACCACCUGGUUGCACCCCCCUUGACACCUACAUGAAACCUACCAAGUUUGGAUGUCAUACGAUGUUUCUUUUAUGAAAUAUCGGAUAGUUUAUUACAAAUGUGGCCUACCUUAUUACAAAUGUGGCAGGUUAUUACAAAUGUGGCUUCGACAUACCUGCCGCAACAUUACCCUGGUUCCAGAGCCUCGAACGUCUCUCUAUUCAGACUCCUUCUCAACCUCGCUGGCCACUAAAUAGAGAGACGUUCAUGGCUCUGGAACCAGGGUACCGCAACAUCUUCUUAUGACACAGACCCGCCUGGGACAUGAAAAGUUAAGUAAGCGCUGCGGUGCGGUGCUUAUUCGAGCCAGCAUCCCCCCUUUGGUGCUUUUAUACAGGAUUGCCGUCUGGGCCAUUUUGCUCCAGUAGAAAUAACUGUGUUAAAUUGGGACCUGUAUAUUGGUAUAGGCCUCGAAAAUGUUAUAUCUGUUAUCACUGCCGUGCGCACCAGGUUAUGUUUUCCUCUAAUGUUUGUCAUUUAUUCAUUAAUUCUUUUUUUUUAUGUUUUUACGGCUUCUUUAUAGUAACUGAACACGGAUAUUACAAGUCGCGGUUCUACUGGGGCAUUUGUUUUUUUUUCUGGUUUUGGCUUUGCUCAAUUUGUUGUGGUCCGUAUACCAUUUAACAGGUAUCUGGUCUUGACGUAAAACCAAACCGUCAUGUGUAAUUUAUUAUAGUUAUUUUUAAAAAUAUAUUGUGAAAUUGUAGUAUGUUUUGUUAUCAUUUUUAAACAGACAGAAAAGCGAUCGCGAGGGUGAAUCUAGACAAAUAUGUAAGAUGUUUGCGUAGAUCUAAAAUUAAAUAAAAUAUCAACCCCAGACUGAAAAAAAAA